AUGGGCCCCUGUACCGCCUCCUCAUGCUGCUGCCAGGCCCGUAAUAUCUGCCAUGGGCCCCCGUACCGACUCCUCAUGCUGCUGCCAGGCCCGUAAUCUGUCAUGGGCCCCUGUACCGCCUCCUCAUGCUGCUGCCAGGUCCAGAGUGUGUCAUGGGUCCCUGUACGGCCUCCCAUUGCUGCUGUCUCCAUCGCCACACUCUGCCAUGUGCCACUUUCAGGUCUCCUCACACUGCUGGUGGGUUCCAUUUUGUCAUAGGGUGCUGGCAGAUUACGGGCCUCCCAUUGCUGCUGCCAGGCCCGUAAUCUGCCAUGGCCCCCGUACCGACUCCUCAUGCUGCUGCCAGGCCCGUAAUCUGUCAUGGGCCCCUGUACCGCCUCCUCAUGCUGCUGCC